CUCAGAGACAGGCAGUCAAUGGAGUGAAGUUGUCACAGCGAUGCGAUAAAUUAAUGAUAAACAAAGUAUUACUUGUUUUUAGACAACUAUGAACGUGAAACCGCAGGCGAAGCAUCGAGUAGUAAUGCAUUAUUUAUAAUGUCAGCAAAGGAAUUGGUUUAUAGUUGAAGUUUUAGUUACUUUAUUUCGGUUAACCAACAAGCCAGCUGAACUAUUCGUGUCAACAGAAGGCCUCGCCGCUUUCAACAAGGCCAAGCUAGCUAACUAACCUACAUCGUUAAACACUCAAAACGUUUGUAGUGUUGUUUUACAUUUAUUGGCCAUAUGUUGGAAGAGCGCGCAUUGGUAAUGCAACAGAAUUUGGACAGGAGCUGCUGGGUGUGCUUCGCCACGGACGAGGAUGACCGCACAGCGGAGUGGGUGCGUCCGUGUCGCUGCCGAGGCUCCACCAAGUGGGUGCACCAGGCGUGUCUGCAGCGCUGGGUGGACGAGAAGCAGAGGGGCAACAGCACGGCCCGCGUGGCCUGUCCACAGUGCAACGCUGAGUACCUCAUCGUCUUCCCCAAGCUGGGGCCAGUGGUGUAUGUGCUAGACCUGGUUGACCGGCUCAUCUCCAAGGCCUGCCCCUUCGCCGCCGCCGGCAUCAUGGUGGGCUCCAUCUACUGGACCGCCGUCACUUAUGGGGCUGUCACCGUCAUGCAGGUGGUGGGCCAUAAGGAGGGCCUGGACGUGAUGGAGCGGGCAGACCCCCUGUUCCUGCUCAUCGGCCUGCCCACCAUCCCCCUCAUGCUGAUCCUGGGGAAGAUGAUCCGCUGGGAAGACUAUGUGCUGCGCCUCUGGAGGAAGUACUCCAACAAGCUGCAGAUCCUCAACAGCAUCUUUCCAGGUCAGAACGGACACAUUGGGAUUGGGUGUCCAGUGCCUCGUAUCCCGGCAGAGGCCAGCCCCCUGGCAGACCACGUGUCAGCCACCAGGAUCCUGUGUGGUGCCCUGGUCUUCCCUACCAUCGCCACCAUCGUGGGCAAACUCAUGUUCAGCAGCGUCAACUCCAACCUGCAGAGGACCAUUCUGGGUGGGAUCGCGUUUGUGGCCGUCAAGGGAGCGUUCAAAGUGUACUUCAAACAGCAGCAGUACCAGAGACAAGCCCACCGCAAGAUCCUCAACUUUACCGAGGCACAGGAGGCCUGAGAAGGGGCAUGGACGGACGGACAGACACAUUGAUACACAGGGGGAGUGGAUGGAGCAAGACAGUGAACUCUGAGCAGGAACACUGUCGGACAGACAGAUUGACGGACAUAGGGAUCAUUGGCGCCCCCUACCUCUUACACCCCUCUAAGCAGCCUCGCCUCACCUCAUUCUGUUUCUGCUCUUUAGGGAGUCAUCGUCGUAUGCGGCUGACAUUCAUGCUGUAUGAUUAUCACCAUGUUCUAUUUUGUUUUUAAAACAUCCAAAGGAGAAGAGACGAGACAAGAACACUGAUACAGACAUGUGCUCAUGCAUAUUCCACACAGGAGCUCUUUUUUUCCCUGGAAUGUGACUUGUGACUGCUAUGAGGCUGUAGCAAAAAAAAAAUGUAUCACAUAACCAGUGCUCGUUGUAUUUUGAAAAGAUACAUCUGGGACACGUGUAAUUAUUAGACAGGAAAGUUAUGUAAUUGUCAGAGUUAAUUUUGCAGUUUUGAAAUUCUGUUUGCCAAUGAGGAAUAUUGUUUUCCUGUAUUGAAUGUGUUUUAAGAGAAAUUAGAAUAAUAAAAUAUCUUUAUCACUAAAGGAUGAUUAUUUGAAUGACAAAGAACCUCUUACCUGCUCCCCUAAGACAUUUUUGCCAUGUUUCCAUUGGUAAAUAUCCCCAGACUUGUGACUCUAAUACAUUAUCUAAAUUAUUUAGAAGCACAGUACAAACAUAAGUGUGAUUGUCUGUACAUACAGUAAUCGCACAAUAAGUAUCGGAUGAAACAUUCAAGGGUAUUUUUUAGGCAUAUGCCUUGAAGUGUUGUCAUUAGUUCUGUUUGUAGCCGAUUUUGUGUAAUUGUCUUCUACUCAUGAGUAGAUGACAGAGAAUGUGAUGUGCAAGCCUGUAAUGGGGAGGUGGGUGGAUGGAUGAUCUAGAUCUGACACGUGCCGCUUUGCCUUUCAAAUGAGAGCACAAAAUGGCAUGUUGUCCACUGAAUAAAGGUGAGAUUGACUUGUCUUUUAACCCAAAUCGCAUAUUCCGCCACAUAUUAACUUGCUAACGCCACCACUUGCUUUGUUUCUUUCAGUAUAUGCUCAUUGCAGUCACGUAAUAAUAACCCAUUCUGUAAAUACUCUAUUCUAAAAGUGCGGUAGAACCAGUAUACAGUAAAUUACUUGUGUGAAAAAGGCAUGCCAUAAACCAAUCAUUUGAAUAUUUAAUAUUGAUGUGCACAUCUCUUUUAGCUGUGCCUGGUAGACAGAUAUGCUCCAAUCUGUUGUGGUCAGCUCAGCUUUUACAUUAACUAAAGAAAAUACAUUAUGCCAAAAGUGACAUUGAAGUUGUAUAUUAAUUGUAUUGUACAGACAUUUUUUCUCAAUUUAUAGUUUCAUGGUCGAGUGUGAAUAAAUGUAUUUUUUCAAACCUCGAA